UGAGUAACGGCGACUAACGGCUUCUCUACUACAGGGAGGGAACCCAAAUAAUUCAAAACGAAAUCCAAAGCCAAUUUAAUAGAUUUGAGCCGCGCUCUCCCAAAUCCCGCUUCUCUUUCUCCAUCCUGUUCCAAUAUCCAUCUCCAUUCUCCACAACACUCCCUGGAACUGGAAGAUUCUUGAGAUAAUCCAGAGAAAAUUAGAGGGGGAGUAGUUUAGUUCAGAUGCCCUAGUUUUUUUCUUUUUUUUUUUAAUUUCCAGCGUCCAAUCGAUCAGUUCCGCAAGCUGAGGAUGACUAAGGUUGCUGCAGCCGGUGAAUUGCCUACGUCUAAUGCUCUUCAUUUUGGUGGUGGGGCCGUCGGAGGUGGAGGCUUGAAGAUUCAGACCACCACUAUGAAGCGGAAAACUCCUUCGGAGUUACGGGGAGAACUACUGAAGCGAAAGAACCUGGUGGAGUGCAUUGACGAAUCUUCAUCUGUUACUAGUUCGUUAAGGAAUGUAGAUGGCGCAGUUUAUGCGCCAAAGAAAUCUGAUUCAUCAAAAGCACCAAGAUUCACUCGGAUGGAUGAACAUUAUCCAGUCACUAAAACCAGUAGGCUGCUUCCCAGAAAGGAAAAUCUUAAGGAAACAUUCUCCAGCAAGUGUUUUGGCAGCUUAAAGAACUCCAGUCUUCCUAUGGAUUUUAAAGCCGAAAGUCAAAUGCAAACUGCAUGUGUGGAUAAUUCUGUUGCUUCAGAAGGCGGCAAUGACUCUUCAAAUCAAACUAACAACUCAAAUGGAAAAUACACCAGUAAUACUUUUAAGACUGUUCGAGAGUUAUCACAGGGUGGUGAUAAGUUAAAUGGCUCCUCAUCUGUGGAUAUGGGCAAAGCUUUGAAAGGGCUGGUUUCAUGUGAACCUCAUGUUGCUUCAGCUCCACCUGCUGAAUCUGAUGAUAAAACAGGAAAUAUUGUGCCACAAAGCUUUUGUCCAGAAAUCCAUAUACCUGGGCACAAGAUUCCGCUGGAUUUGACUCUAAAAACUAAUAUGCGGUUCCUUUCUUCAUCCUCCGUGAAUUGGUUUCAUAGGUUAAUAAAUUGUGCUGCCUUAAAUGGCAUGUGUCUAUCCUCGGAUGUUGGUGGUCAAGGUUGGAAUAUGACCUGCUCAGCAGAACCUAGCUCCACCGGUCAAAUAACUAAUCGUGGGACUUUCCAUUCCUGGGUGCACCCUCAAUCUACUCUACCCCGUGCAGUCAUAUCAGCAUUAACCUCUGCUCCAGGAGGGCAAGUGGACUUCCUAAGUAAACGCCAACAGACAUGGGAGGAUUCGUUUCGAAGUCUUUACUACAUGCUGCGAAAGAACAUUUGUAAAAUUUUUUAUGUGUGCACUAUCCAGUUUGUAGUAAUGUUCACUGCAUUCAGUGGUCCAAAGAAAACCAAGUGCUCUUGUCGUGCCUAUAUAUCUCAGUCAACAAGAAAUUUUAGGUCACUUCUGAAAGAACAUGAUGUGUCAUUCUCAAUGCCUCUUUGCCGCUCUAAAGUGGAAGAAGUUACUGCAGAAGACCUUGUUGAACUUUCCGAAAUUCAAAAACACAAUCUAGGCCAGACUCGAGCUAUGGAGUCCAUGACUGGUGUUGAUAACACCCCGCAAUCGUUAUUGAUGUUUACUGGGAGCAAGAAUGUACAUGCCAUGUAUGAUCUUCUGUUAAACUAUAGAUCUUUUUUAACCUCUUUGACUGGUACUGAUGUUCCUGUGCUGUAUUCACCAGUUCCCUUUCAAAACGCAGCUCUUUCUGCUCCUGAGGUUAGAUGCAAACAGGUCAGGAGGGUAGAUUACAUCUCUUCCCAGCUACAAGACUCCAAUAUGGAUAGCGAACCUACUAGAACUUCAUCUGCUGGCAUGUGCUAUAGUGUUGAAAUUAGGGAUACCUAUCUUCCGCCAUGGGUAAUUUGUGGUAUUUGUGAUGCUAUGCGUUCAAAUGGGGGUGACUUUCAAGCCAGCUUUGCGACAGAGUCCAUGUCAAUUGGCUUGAAUGUUGGUCUAGACGUAGCCAUGGACCAAACUGCUCAGCUAAAUCAGGCAGACUUGCCAUUGCAAGAAAGUUGUCAGACUUUUGAUAUUCCAAACACAAGUCUUUCACUUAGAAGGAAUUCUGCUUUUUUAAAAGGAUUGAAGUAUGGUUGUGGUUCUUACACAGCUUUUCUGUCACCAGUUGAAUGAGUCGAGAAUGUAUGCAUUUAGUUCCAUGUAUUUAGACCAACUUGCCUUCUGUAUUAUUCUGUUUAAUAUCCAGUGGUCCUAAUUAUCCAAAAAACAAAGAUAAAAGAACAAAAGGAUUAAGUGCUGCUGUUCAAUGCCAUCUUGAUUUGACUUGUACAGCUCUUCAUCCUAAUUCAAUUCUAGAAAUGGAAGGGUAAUUACUAAUUGUAUUGUAUUUGAGUGGAGAACU